UUCAAAUUUUAUAUUUUUGGUUUAAAAAAAUUUACAAAAAUAAUAAUUUUUGAUCAAACAAAAUUCGCUAUGGAGAACGGUAACUACAAUGGCUCUGAAUUCGGCUGGGAUUACAGUCACGGUGGCCAAGGACAAGGCGGAAUGUCCAACUAUUCGCAGAUGGGUCAGAUGAGUCAGGGUGGCCGCCAGUGGUUGCACUCGAAUCAGAAUCACAACUUCCAUCAGCCGGGCAUGUCGCAGGGUCCGCAGGGUUCAUUCGCUUCGCCUCAAGAUCCUUUUGCCGAUUUCAAUAACUCGAUGAUGUCCAGAUAUGGCAGCUACAGUCCCUCUGGGGGCAAGGCCGAUAUGUAUGGUUCCAUGAUGCACGAUGGAGGACACGAAAUGGAUUUCGACAUGAGCAACGGCUUGGGCGGCGGUGGUGCGACUGUUUCUCCUCGAAUGUCUGGCGGCUACUCUGGUGGAUCCCGCAAUGGUCUCGGCGAUCCCUCAGGCGGACGUGGCCAAAGCAACGGCACGAGUUGGUUCUAAGUAGCUUCCAUCCCUCUGCAUUUGUGCACCAAGUUGGCAAAAUAAUAAAAUAAAUAUUUUGCAUUGUGA